AUUCCAUGCCAUGCACCUCCAUUUUUCUCCAACCUCGUGGCUUUGAAUUCCUGGUUCCCAAAUGUUUUCCAUCAAACCAAAAACCCACUUGUUUCCUCCAUUCAUUUCUUCUCCAUCUUAUGAUUUUUCAUCAUUAAACAUAACCCAUUUGAUAUAAUCUUCACUCUCUUUUCAUAGAAAAAUUGUGCUUUUUUCCCCUCCUUUUAUCAUGGAUUCUGAUGCCCUUGCCAAACAGAAGGUGGAAUGUCUUCAAAAAGAGCUGGAAAGGCUUCGGAAAGCGAAUGAAGCUCUGAACUUUGCUCUCGGAGUUAUGAGCAUGAAGAACUUGAUAAUUUCCCGAGAAACAAACACAAAUUCUCAAGUGGGUGUUUUUCUAGAAGGGAGUGAUCUGAACUGUAAUUCAAACAAGAGAGCGAGAGCCGAUCUUCAAGCUCGGGCGGGUCUUGGGGCACCGUCCACGACCCAAACAUAUGUUAGAACGGGCUUCAAGGACCAAGCAUUGAUGGCGAAAGAUGGAUAUAGAUGGAGGAAAUACGGACAAAAGAUAACAAAGGAUAACCAAUAUCCUCGUGCUUAUUUCAACUGUUCUUCUCGAGGAUGCCCGGUCAAAAAGAAGGUACAAAGGAGCUUGGAAGAUAAAUCUAUGGUCAUGGUCUCAUACCAAGACCAGCACAACCAUGAAUGUGACUCUCCUUCUCAUGGUUCAACUCGACCAUUCUUGUCUCGGUCUUCUCCAGUUGUUGUCCAUUGUUUGCCGUCGACACCGUGCAACGCUACUGUUCCUUUGGUAUCUCUUGAUCUUGAUCUCACUCUCGCUCUUUGUGGAGGCAACAAAGAAGAUAGAAACAACAACCUAUGAAUUGAAUACAAUAAUUGGGGGAGAAAACCUAAAAAAGCAUCAAAACUAGUUAUAUGAAAAAUGAUCUUUGACUUAAAAGUUCUAGUUUCACAGCAUCCAUUUCUGACCAGCCAAGGUCAAUGAAAGAAUUGAGAUUUUCUUUUUAGAUCUCAA